UUUUAAAAUUGUAUUGAAAUCAAAUUGAAAUGCGAUCCGGUCGGGACCAGAGAUUUCUGAACGAUUAAAAAAGCUGUCAUAUUGACAUUUACAUCCGUAGGAUUGGCCGUGUUUUUUUGUAAUGAUUUUGUUGGAUUUGUCAUUCCCAAAAAGCUGAAACUGGGACGAUAUGGAGGUUUUUAAUAAGUUCUAUUCAUCGGUCAGUAAUACAGUGUCUCAGUUGUCGGGUGUGCUGCCCGGGAACCCUGUAACACGAGAGUUCGAGGCUACGCAGUUCAUCGCCAGCGCUGGCCCUGGUUUACUAUGGAAAAUUUACAAAGGGUACAAGAAAUCCACAAAACAAGAAGCCUCCAUAUUUGUGUUUGAGAAGAAGUUACUUGACAGGUUCACAAAGGCCGAUCGAGACAUCAUGCUAGACACCUUGAAGCGUGGCAUCGUCCAGCUCACUAAACUAAGGCACCCUCAGAUCCUAACAGUCCAGCACAGCCUUGAGGAGAGUAGGGAGAGCUUAGCAUUCGCCACGGAACCUGUCUUUGCAAGUUUAGCUAACAUUCUUGGUAAUAUGGAGAAUAUGCCUCAGCCACCGCCUAACCACUUAAACAACUACAAAUUAUAUGAACUAGAGAUCAAGUAUGGUCUAAUGCAAGUUGCAGAGGGAUUAGCAUUUCUACAUAAUGAUGUAAAAUUACUUCAUCACAAUAUUUGUCCAGAAUCUAUAAUAGUAAAUCAACAAGGAGCUUGGAAGAUAUUUGGGUUUGACUUCUGCAUUGCUAAUCAAAGUUCCCCAGGAGCUGCUCCGUACUGGCCUUUUAACGAGUAUUGCCAGGCCAUGCAUGCACUAACCCAGCCGUCCCUGGACUACCUUGCUCCGGAGUAUAUUCUCUCAGCCUCACACUCCCCGGCUAGUGACAUCUAUUCUCUGGGCAUGCUGAUCUAUGCAACACACAGUCCCAACCACCAGACUCUUGGCAACAUCGGGAGUGACUAUGGAAAGUUUAAGAGGUUUGCCAAUGAGUUGAGGAAUCUCUCUCCGUCCCGGUUGUCCUGUGUGGCCGACGGGCUCAGGGAGUAUGUGAAACUGAUGCUUAAUGUUACUCCUGAGCUGAGGCCUGAUCCACAUCAGUUCCUGAAGAUACCAUACUUUGAAGAUGUUGGAGUUAAAACCCUGAACUACUUAGACUCCUUAUUCCAAUGGGACAAUCUGCAAAAAUCUCAAUUCUACAAGGGCCUUCCUCAAGUCAUUCAAAAGAUGCCGCACCGCAUCUGCAUCUACCGGAUCCUGCCAUGCCUGACUAAAGAGUUCGUGAACGCUCCCAUGGUGCCAUUUGUGCUCCCAAAUGUAUUACUAAUCGCUGAGAAUUCAACUAAAGAGGAAUUCGUAAAGUAUAUCUUACCGGUAUUGAAACCGGUGAUGCUAAUACAAGACCCCAUACAGAUACUGUUAAUAUUCAUGCAAAAGAUGGAGUUAUUGCUAAAACUGACGCCGGGCGAAGAAGUGAAGACAGAUAUAUUACCGAUGCUGUACAGGGCCUUGGAAUCUGAUGCUCAGCAGAUCCAGGAGCUAUGUUUGUCAGUGCUACCAACAUUUGCAUCGCUUAUUGACUACCCAGCAAUGAAGAACGCGCUGCUCCCCCGCAUCAAGAAGCUGUGCCUAGGCACGAGCUACCUGGCGGUGCGCGUCAACUGUCUGCUCUGCGUCGGGAAACUUCUGGAACACCUGGACAAGUGGCUGGUGCUUGACGAGAUCAUCCCCUUCCUGCCGCAGAUACCUUCGAGGGAGCCUGCGGUGCUCAUGGGGAUUCUAGGAAUCUACAAGCUCGCCCUAAGCCACCAGAAACUCGGCAUCACCAAGGAAGUGAUGGCGACCAAGGUCCUGCCGUUCCUCAUGCCGCUGUGCGUGGAGAACGGGCUGACGCUGAGCCAGUUCAACGCGCUCAUCUCACUUGUCAAACAGAUGAUCGGGAAGGUGGAGGCGGAACAUAGGGCCAAGUUGGAGCAGCUCAACUCUAUACAGAACGAGUCCAAAGGAAUGGAGGCGCUAGUAAACUCCACGACGUCUCCGGACACGCUAGUGGCGGCGCCGGCGCCGGCGUCCGACGUGGAGCAGCUGUUCGCGGGGCUCGGCCUGCAGCCCUCCGCCGCUCCGCCUGCCAGCUCUCUCCCUGGCGGAGUCUCGCUCACGGCCACGUCGGGGUCGCUCUCACUUGAGGAUAAACAGAGAAUCGCUCAACAGCAGAAGGUGGCGCAGAAAAUCAACCACCAACCGCUCCCCACACCCACGCCUAUCUCUAAACCGCCCCCCUCCCGCCCUGUAGACUUAACCUCCUCCCUUUUACAGUCCAACCUCAACCAGCUCGCACACAAACCCUCCCACACUACCCCAAAUUACAACCCCAUACUGCAAUCCUCAGGAGCGUCACCGCAGUACCAACAGUAUAACCAACAGUCUCCGAGCACACAGUUUAACCAAAUACAGUCUCCAAAUUCACAAUUUAACCAGUCUGCAGGCUUCAAUCCUCUACAGUCUCCACAGUACAGCAUACAGCCAAACUACCAGUUACAGAAUCAAAAUCAGCCAUUUUCGGGUCCAAAUUGGCCGCCGACCGCGCCCAGUGGGAACUUUGAUAACAAGUGGGCGAAUAAUCAGAACAACCAGACGAAAAUGAAGCAGGAUUGGUCGGCGUUUGAGUCGCUCCUGCCGACCAGUGAGAACGGGAAUGUGAAGAAGAGUGAUAAUGAAAUGAUGGAUUUGUUAAGUUAGGUUUUGAGUGGUAUUUACAAUUGAGAA